AUGUCCGUCUCCAAUCCUGCGAACCACCUGACAACAUCCCAAGCUACCAACACCACAACGAUAGCUUGGUUCCCUUCUCUGCCCACCGAGAUACGCCUCGCAAUCUGGAGGCUCUGCAUCCCCAGAUGCUUCCGCCCAAUAAACCACGAUCUAAUAUGCGGCCAACAGUCCAACCAAAGCAGAACCAUCCCCGGUCUCUGCGGCCCUCCACUCAUCGCCAAAGUCUGCCGCGAAGCAAGGCAAGUCGCUCUCGAGCACGGAAAAUACUACGACAACAAAAAUGAACAGAACUCUAGCAAAAUAUGGAUAGACAAGUCCCUAGACACAGUAUAUCUCAACGGGGCAUUUGACCCCAGAUUGUCCAGGGACGCAAGCCACGCGCUUUCCGUGGCCGCCAACGCAACACAAGUGGCCAUUUCGAUGCCGUGGCUGCGCGGCCAUCCCGGAUUCAUGCUUCACAAGGGCUUCCUGAGGAACAACCACCUCAGAUGCACUAUUGCCUGCGAAGACCAAUUCGACGUGUCCAUGUCGUACGCCGAGGCCAUUCAGAUUGGUAUAUUUGGGCUAUGGGCAGAGGAGAGAUUCGCCUUCGUUGACCCCUCUGACGAUGCAACUCUCGCUAAGCUGAGCAAGUUUGAGCUCGAUCACGGGUUUACAAGAUGCGCAGAUGGACUGUUAACAGCAAAAGGUGACCAGAUUCGUCCGUUGGAAGAAUACGCUUCGCCACCGAGGAUACGGGCCAUUUAUGAGGCAGUGGAGGACUGCUGGCUCGAGUGUCUAGUCAUUGAACACAAGGACGACGAGGGUAACUGGGACAUAUCGCCUCUUUUCGUAACUGACGAUGAUGUAUGGAUGGGGUUCAAGAGAGAGCAUCCAUGGGUGAAGGAGACUUUGAAGACUCUGCCUGAGAUACGGGUAGUGUUGGGGUUUCAGCUGUUCAUCACUGAUUAA